CACGCUGAUAUCGAUAAGCCAAUCGGCGAGCAAAGCAAACGCAUGGGGAAGAGUUUGAUUCACUUUACGUUUAAAUUUUAAUUAAAACUGACUAAAGCCAAGGUGAAACAGACAUGGACCUCAACGACGCAGUGCUCACCUGUGCGGUGAACAUGCAGUGGACCAAUUCCGUGGGCAUUACGGGUCGAAAGCUGGCCUACAAGACGGCCACUUUGCGCUUGGUGCGGAACGAUCUGCGGGAAUUGUUUGUGGAGGUGACGCCGGAAAAACUGAAGCCGCUCAAGUUCAAACUCAAGGAUCUCAUGGUGCACAAGAAGUUCAUGUCCGAGGGCAAGGCCACCUUCAAUUUCAAAGCGGAGAGCUGCACCCUCUUUUUGUCCAAUGCUCCGCCGGGCACUUUGAUGUUCUUCCUGCGCACGAUCUUCAUUAAAAUGAACGGCAACGCGGAAGGAUGUCAGCCGGACGAUGCUGCCGUGCAGAAGAAACUGCGGGAGCAUCUGAUGUCCGGGAAACCCAGCAGCUUCGAAGACAUCUCCCCGGUCACAACGGCCGAGAUGAUUUUGGCGCGCAAAAAGGCGGGCUUGCUGAGCAAGGGAUCGGUGACCACGCCCUCGCCCCAGGGAGCCAAAAAGCGACGAUUCGAGGAGCUCAAGGAGGAAAGGGACAGGGGCAGCCUGCCUGCGGCCAAGAAACUGUAUCAAGCGGCCAGCGACGAGUCCCUGAGACUGAGUGAGGAGCAAAUGGAGGUGCUUCGUGCCUGCACCUCGGGCAAAAAUGUAUUCUUCACCGGCUCGGCGGGCACGGGGAAGAGUUUUCUACUCCGUAGGAUCAUCUCUGCCCUGCCGCCCGAUGGAACUGUGGCCACGGCCUCCACGGGCGUGGCAGCUUGCCUGAUCGGCGGCACCACUUUGCAUGCCUUCGCGGGAAUCGGCGGGGGAGACGCCACCAUGCAGAGGUGCCUGGAUCUGGCUUCUCGACGGGUGAGCGCCCAGACCUGGCGAACGUGCAAGCGGCUGAUCAUUGAUGAGAUCUCCAUGGUGGACGGGCAGUUCUUUGAGAAAAUCGAAGCCGUCGCCCGUCACAUUCGUCGCAAUGAUCGUCCUUUUGGCGGCAUCCAGCUCAUUCUGUGCGGCGACUUUCUGCAACUUCCACCAGUUAUAAAAGCAGAUUUCGGAGCAGCGCCCAAUGCCACGCCGCAGCAGCGAUUUUGUUUCCAGUCCAGCGCCUGGGAGACCUGCAUCCAGUGUGUGUACGAACUGAAGCAAGUACAUCGUCAGUCGGAUCCGGAGUUCGUAAAGAUCCUAAAUCAUCUGCGAAUCGGUCAUGUGAAUGAUUCCAUAACCAGUCGUCUGGCUGCCACUUCUAAGCAAAAAAUUGAGGGAAAUGGAAUUCUGGCGACCCAACUUUGCUCCCACACCAACGAUGCUAACUCUAUUAACGAGUCGAAGUUGGAAAACCUAGAGGGGAGCAAGAUUUUAUUCAAGGCAGAAGAUUCGGACGCCGGCAUGACCAAGACUCUGGACCAACAGAUUCAGGCUCCCUCCCAACUAUACCUAAAGGUAAAUGCCCAAGUAAUGCUGCUCAAGAACAUAAACAUAUCCACUGGUCUGGUUAAUGGAGCCCGAGGCGUGGUUGUACGAAUGGAUAAGGAUCUGCCGGUUGUAAGAUUCAAAAACAACCAGGAAUAUAUUUGUAAGCACGAGAAGUGGAUCAUUAAAACAGCCACUGGAGGCAUCAUCACGCGUCGUCAGGUUCCAUUAAAGUUAGCCUGGGCGUUUUCAAUACACAAAAGCCAAGGCUUAACUCUCGACUGCGUGGAGAUGUCCCUGUCAAAAGUAUUUGAGGCUGGGCAGGCCUACGUGGCCUUAUCCCGAGCUAAGUCCCUCCAAUCCAUCCGAAUCCUGGACUUCGAUGCCAAACAAGUGUGGGCCAAUCCUCAGGUGCUGCAAUUCUACAAGGGAUUCCGACGUAAGUUAAUGGACACAACUAUGAUUCCCUUGGGUCCCAAAAAUAAGGACAAGAAGCCAGGAGACGGCAAGGUCGGAAAUAGCGCUCUGGCCAAGCUCAAAAAGAGUCUCAUGAACAAACCGCUAGUCUCGAUUAGCUGAGCUCAGAAAUUAGGUUAUAUAGCUAAUUGAAUUAUAGUAUAAACGAUAGCGCAUUUCAUAGUUAACUAAUAUUGUGCAUCUAGUUUCAAUAUGGAAAGUGUAAUUUUUUCUUUUUUUAAGGAAUAACCAAAUUUGGUUCGACCAGGUAUUUCUUUUUUUAAAAAAACAAAAAAUUGUAUUCUUGGUAACUGCCGCUUUUCACAAAAUUAUCCGGUUAAGAAAUAUUGUGAAGAUCCUGCAGUGCUUGAACCCAAACUGAUUUAUGAAUUUUACUAAGGACCUACUUUAAAAACCUUCACGACUGUUUCUCUAUUGAGGAUUUUUUCUAAUAGCUUGUAAGUUUCCUUAGACUGUCAAAGUGGAUACUGAUAUGAAAUCAUAUUUUAAAUUAAUUAAUAGGCUAUUUUAGAACCAUUUGGAUACCUUUUAUCUGAAGAAUGACUUUAAAAAAAAUUAAAAUUAUUAUACACUUAAAAUAAAUAAAAAUUGAAAACUAUUUAAUUGUAGCGAGGCAAUCGUUUUAAUCAAUAUGGAAAAAAAUAAUUGUUUACAACUGCAAAAUAAAUUUAUAAAAUCCA